GCGGCCUACCUCACGGCGGCACGGCAGAGAGAGACCACCACCGGCCAUCACCAGCAGCCAGCUAGCAUAGCUAAAGGGCAAGCAAGCAUGUGGGUGACCUCGAUGCCGCAGGUGUGGGACGAGGAGGGCGUCCCCAAGCGGGGCGCCGCCGACGCGGUGACCCCGGCGCCGGCCGCGGCCAUGCUGAGCUCCCUCGCGGGCUGGCUCUCCCGCACCGUCCAGCCGCAGCCGCCGCCGCCCAGGGUGUGCGGCACCGACGGCGGCCCGCCCGUGACGGCGCCCAGGCUCCGCCUCCGCGACGGCCGCCACCUCGCCUACUGCGAGGCCGGCGUGCCCAAGGACAAGGCGCGCUUCAAGGUCGUCUUCUCGCACGGCUUCACCGGAUCACGCGAGGACACCGUCAGACCCUCGCAGGUAUACAUAGAUACAAAUUAAUUAUCAGUUGCUUAAUAACUAGUAUGUGAACAAAACUGCAAAAUAAAAUUACUGUUGUACUCCAGUAGAGAUAGUUACUAGUGCGGUAAUUAGGUUGCUUAAGCGAGCAAUAUUCUCGGGCGAGAUGGAACGGAAGAGAGGUGGAGGAACUGUCGGUGUCCCGGUUUUUUUUUUCCUUUCUUUCUUUGGAGAGAAGCGUCCUGGUGCCGCACAGCUAGCUUCAGACGUGGACUUGGGCACUUGCAGCUAGCCAGGCAAGGGAUUCGUUGGGUAGGUCAACCACCGUUUUCUCUGGCAUGCAUGGCCUGCCGAAUUAUCUAUCCGUCCCACCUUCUCAUACUACCUUGCUUCUUGUAUGAACCUCUCAAGCUUUCUCCAAGACGUUGAUGGUUGGUCGGUCAAGUUAUUAUUAGUUGCCGUUAGCUAGCUUGGAACAUGAUGCAUGGAACAACCGAAAGAAAAAAAAGGGAGAUAUUUCGUUCUAAACCAAUAUUUUCUAGGACUACCGGCCAGCUGCAGCCUGCAGGCUGCUAGACCGAGUCAUAGGAUCCUCUUGUUCACAAGGAUUGGGAUGGAAUAAUCUGUGCCCCCUUUGCUUUCGCCGUACUUCUUUACAGCCUUGUGGCCGGGAGACAGGAUCUAGUCUUCUAGAACGGGGUCGGAGCAGCACAAGAAGAUGAGCAUGCGCGCACGCAUCCAACAUCCAUCUUGCAAAUUUCGAUAGAUGCAUGCCCGCAUACAUGUUGCUAGUAAUGGACAAAUGGCAAUUUUGGAGCCUGCCUGCUAGCCCUGCUAAUGGGUUGAAAUUCACCUUCCCUCCUUACCACGUCAAUAAAAAUAAUAAUAUUUAAUACCAUAAAACUCUCCUUCAGCCGUCGGUGCUCGUGUUCUAGAUGAUCUGCAAGCUGUCCGCUCCGUGGAGAAAGAGGAAAUGGCAGCCGCGCCACGGCAACCGAGGCCGGAUCUCACGUUUCGCCGCCCAAAUUACUCCCUCCUUUCCCGUUUAUAAGGCAUGGUGGAACAUGACACAGUCUUCUAAACAAUACUUUGACCAUUUAUUUAUCAUAUAUUAUAUCACUUUUGAUUAUAAACUUAUAAUCAUUGUAAACUAUGUUUGAUUAUGAAUCCAAUCAUAUGAAAUUUGCAUUAUAAAAAUAAAAAUUUAAUAGUCAAAUUAUUGGUCAAAGAUGAGAAGAUUUGAAUCUUGAUAUACGUGUAUGCCUUAUAAACGGGGAAGGAGGGAGUAAUUGAUUAAUUAAUUAGCAGGAGUAAUCGCUGCCAGCGAGCCAGUCCAGAGCAGGGUUCACCAAACCGGUGGGAACCGGACCGGUUCCGGUUUCGACAGUACAGCUAAAAUUCAAAAUUUAAAUUUAAAUUCAAAAAAUGAAAAAUUCCUAAAAAUACUUCAAGUUGCGAUGAAUCUAAUGGUAUCAAAUUUUCUCAAAAAUCCGUUCAUUUAUUAUAGUUUGCAGGGAUUUAAAGUUAAAUCAAAAAAGAAAAAUAAAAAAAUGGGCCGGCCCAUUAAGACCCACCGGUCAAACCGGCCGGUAAACCAGUUGCACGGGAGCUUUUGAAUUUAGAUUUGAAUUCAAACCGGUCAAACCGACCGAUAAACCGGUAAAACCGACCGGUAAACCGGUCGGAACCGGUUGCACGGGAGCUUUUGAAUUUAUUUGAAUUUAGAUUUGAAUUCAAUCGGUUUUCACCGGUUAUCGGUCCAACCGGUCCGGUAAACCGGAACCGGUGGCCGGCCGGUUUGGGUUAACCGGUCGGAAAAAAAACCUUGGUCCAGAGACACCGGUUUGCCUUGCCUCCCAUCCAUCCCCUCUCGUCUCUUUCGGCAGUUGCGAGUUGCGACACGGGCGCCCGCCGCCGCCGCGCCGCCAUGGAGCUGCUGGCCAAGGCGCCCGUGCUGGGCUGCGCCGGGAAGAGGCAGACCAGGCUCCCCAUGGGCUCCGUCGUGGGCGCGCUGGGCAGGUGGAUCCGCCAGGCCGUGCCGCCGCCCAGGGCGUGCGGGACGCCGGGGGGGCCGCCGGUGACUGCGCCCAGGGUGCGCCUCAGGGACGGCCGCCACCUGGCCUACGCCGAGUCCGGGGUGCGCAAGGAGGACGCGCGCUUCAAGGUCGUCAUCUCCCAUGGAUUUACGGGGUCCCGACUCGACACUGUCCGCGCCGCGCCGGAAGUGGCCGAAGAGCUGGGCGUGUACAUGGUGGGCUUUGAUCGCGCCGGGUACGGGCAGAGCGACCCCAACCCCAACCGCUCCGUGAAGAGCGCGGCGCUGGACGUGGAGGAGCUCGCCGACGCGCUGGGGCUCGGCCCCAAGUUCUACCUGAUCGGCAUCUCCCUCGGCUGCCAUGCCGUCUGGGGCGCCCUCAAGUACAUCCCCGACAGGAUCGCUGGGGCGGCGAUGAUGGCUCCGGUGGUGAACUACUGGUGGCCGGGGUUCUCGGCGGACCUGGCGGCGGAGGUGUACGCGAAGCAGGAGGUGGGCGACCAGUGGGCGCUGCGCGUGUCGCACCACGCCCCGGGCAUCCUCCACUGGUGGAUGGAGCAGAGCUGGCUGCCCACUUCGACGGUGGUGGCCGGCACGACCCCGCUCCCCAACAAGCGCGACGCGGAGAUCCGGAGCAAUAUGAAGGCGGACGGGACGUUCCAGCAAAGGAUGGAGCAGGCGACGCAGCAGGGCAUCCACGAGUCCUACUACCGGGACAUGAUGGUCAUGUUCGGCAAGUGGGAGUUCGACCCCAUGAGCCUGCCCCAGCCGCCGUGCCCCGUGCACCUGUGGCAGGGCGACGAGGACGGCCUCGUCCCCGUGGUGUUGCAGCGCUACCUGGCCGGCCGCCUCACCUGGAUCAACUACCAUGAGCUCCCCGGCACCGGCCACUUCCUGUCGUCGGUGCCCGGACUGGGAGACACCGUCCUCAGGACCCUCUUCGCCUGAUGAUGAGCAGCAGUUUCAGAAGAACACUUGGGAAGCAUGGACGGGUGCUAACCCCUUAUUUAAACGUACACAUACUCCAGUAUAGUACUAGCUCCGUGGUGCAUUAGUUUCAUUUGUUGUAAGGCCGGUUCGUUAGUUGUCGCUGUUUAUUAUAGCGAUGGUAAUGAUCAUGACGAUGAUAUAUAUAGAUGAUGCAAGGUCCCAGUGCCUGCAAAGUACUAUUUCUUCGUUCGGAAUUCUCAUAUUUAAAGGAACAAUAUCAGAUACUACAGUAGUAUAGAUAUGUUUUCAAA